AUGGUGAUGCGCCUAGGACGAACUGGUUGGUUGAACGUGGGCGAUGCGGUAUUUUACGUAUUAUCGACCUUGGGUGGUUUGAGGGAGGGUUGGCUGGCGGCAGGCAAGAUCCGCGGUGACAGGAAAGCUUCAGAACCCUGUCGGACAGCUUUCGGUUCGGGAUGGCGAGAGAGAGAAUUUACGGCAAAGGCGAAGCAGUCGACACUCGUGCCAUUUUCAGAUGAGAACAGACGACAUGGACAUGACCUGGGAAGCAAGAAAAGGGAGGGGGGGCAGGCUCAGGAUAAAGGGCAGAACAAACGAGCGAGAGAGUCAAGAGAGACGGGAGAGACAAGAAACGGGCAGACGGGACAACGUAACAGGCGACGGGGGUGUGAGGGUGGAAUACUGAAUGGAUGGAGACGAGACGAGAGAGAGGAUCUGAGAAGAAACGUGGAUGGAAAGGAGCAGCAGCCACACAACAACCAGCUCAAUCCAGGAGAGAGCAACCAGCACCAGUACCAAGGUGCAAGAGGAAAGCACCACCUAGCAAGCGGCGGCGACAAGAUGCGCCAGGGACGGUACGGUACUCCGUAUACCCCGUGGCUCAUCCCCGUACGAGACUACGAGUGA